CCCUGUCCCUCCCUCCAGAGGAACCCCCACCUUCUGGGAACCUCUAGGGUUUCUCUGACCUCUGCAGUAGGCCAGCCUUCAGAGGGCAAGGAAGAGCUUCCUGGUUGGUGAAGGAAAGACAGAAAAAGGCCAGCCAUGUCGAACCUCAUGUACAAUAAAAUGUGGCACCAGACCCAAGAGGCCCUCAAUACUCUGCUGGACAAGGAGUCUCAGAAGAUGACCGAACCAGAAAGAAACAAGGUCAUAGUCUUCCAGAUGUUAGCCACCUUCUACAUAAAGUAUGUGCAGAUCUUCAGGAACAUGGAGAAUGUCUACGACCAGAUCGUCCAUCCACAGAAACGCAUGCUGAUCCGCAAGGUCCUGGAUGGAGUGAUGGGUCGCAUUCUGGAACUGAAGAACGAGAUGGUCGAGUUGGAGCUGACAGAGUUCCAUUAUUUUGACGAUAUCUUACAGGACCUGAAGUUGGCGCCGCAACAGUUGGAUGUCCCCAUACCUAGGUAUUUUUUGAAGGAGAGGUUGGAAGUCAUAAAAGGAAGAGAGAAGACCCUCGCUCAGAUCUUAAGUGAAUGUGGAUUGGACCUCCCCAAAGUGAAAUAUACUGUAAAGAGCCUAGCAUUAGAAGAGGCUAUUAAAUUGAUCCAGAUCGCGGAGCGAGCAAGGCAGGGCCGCCUCAGGGCGAUGUUCAUGAGGCAGAUCUUCCUCCAGGAGUGCAGAGCCAAGGAGAUCAAGCUGCUGGGCCACAGACUAGCUGACACAGGCCUGGCGGCUCUGCAGAUUCAGAAAGUUUGGCGAGGUUUCCAUCAAAGCAAGAAGACAGUGAAGGAGAGGGAAGAGGAGAUGGUAUUCCUGGGGAUGAAGCCACCCCCUCUCUUUAACGAAGUCAGUGCUGCCAUCGUCCAGUCCGAACACGUGACCCACCUGCGGAAUGAGGUGCAGCUGAAACACGAGCAGAACUACCAGGAAGCCUUGGUCAAUAUCAAGGAGGAGCUGAGGCUAAUGGAAGGCCAGGACAUCAAGGAGCAGCUUCAAGACCAGAUCCGGCAGUGGUUCAUUGAAUGCAGGAAUUUAACAGGUACAUUUCCAGACUACCCCAACGAAGAAGAAGGAGGCUCAGCUAUCAUCUUCUCCAACAAGACCCCAGAACAGGUUAUUGAGGAUAUUUUAGCCAGUCAAGAGGAAGAAGAAAAACUCAAAAAGAAAAAGAAAAAAGAGGAGAAAAAGGAGAAUCCCAAAAAAGGCAAAAAAGAGAAGGAGAAGAAAGGCAGCACGAAAGAAAAGGCUACAAAGGAAGAAGAUGAGGAAUGGAAGAUGUCACCAAGCCUUUUCCUUCAACUGAUGGAGGAAGGAAAUAGCUUAUACAAAGACAUGUGGCUGAAUAAAGAUGAAUCUUGGAAUUUUCCUCAAGACUAUGACCCAGAAAUGAUCAAGGAGGAGAAACGGAAGGAACUAGAGUUGGAGAUAAGGGUUCAGGUUGACGAGUUGAUGCGACAAGAGCUGAAAAACCUCAAGCUGGCUGUGAACAGAGAGAAGGAGCUCCCAGCCCGGGGGAAGAAAGGGAAGCAGGGUAAAGGAAAGAAAGGCAAGAAGAAAGGAAAACGGGGAAAGAAAGACAAGGACCUAACAGCUGACAGGACCAUCGAGUCUCUCUACAAGGAACUGGUUGAAGAAGGCCUGCUGAUCCAGGCGCUGAAGGUUAACCUCUCCGAUUACAUCGGUGAGUACAGCUACCUGGGGACCACUCUGCGCCAGGUAGCCGUAGAGCCCAUGCCGUCCCUCCUGGAUGUCAAACAACUCAUCACACUGUACGGGAUCCUGCCUUUGGGGUCCCCAGAAGUGCACGAGAAAGCCCCCUUGGUGAAGUCGCUGCUGUUGGCCGGGCCUCCAGGGGUGGGGAAGAAAAUGCUGGUCCACGCCAUCUGCACAGAAACGGGAGCUACCCUCUUCAACUUGUCUGCUUCCAACAUCGCGGGGAAGUACCCCGGCAAAACCGGCCUGCAGAUGAUGCUACACUUGGUUUUCAAGGCUAUGAGGAUUUUACAAGAUGUAAUUUUUGACUUGGCUGAGGACCUUGCGGUCAUCCCCUGCCUGUCAGCUUGGAGUGUAGUAACCAGUAUGGCUGCACACACUAUCCAGGUUGGGCACUGGGCUGAACCUGCCUUUCAGAGCUAUAAGAAACGGGGAAGGACGUGUUCAGAAUGCAUGCGACAGCCAGAGGUCAACCUUGGGUGUCAUUCUUCAGAUGCCACCUCGUUGGAGGAGACGGAGACAGGGUCUCUCACUGGUCUGGACUCACCAGGUGGGCGCUUUGAAGAAAUUGUUAGGUGUGUGGCAAUUAUUCGCAUGCCUUGGUUUAGUCCAGGUCCCAACUCUGCCAUGAAGCCCUGUUGCUCUAGCAAGGCUCAGAGCCACCGUCCUGCAGGGGAGCCCCGUCACAAAGGUGGCUCGCCAGUUCAGCGUCUGUGGUUGUGGAUCCAAGCCACGGAGAAAACCUUCUACAAAAAAGUCCCGCAGGCUGAGAGGCAGAAUGAACCAAAACGCCUGAAAAAGCACCUCCCCAAACUCCUGAAGCUCCUGAAGCCGGAUGAUAGGAUCCUGAUAGUGGGGACCACACACCGCCCCUUUGACGCUGAGCUCCAGUCCUUCUGCAGAGUUUACCAAAAGAUUAUUUUGGUUCCCCGCCCCGACUACGCUUCCAGAUAUGUUCUGUGGAAGCAAAUCAUCCUGCGCAAUGGAGGCGUGCUCACCAAUGCCUUGAACAUCAGUUGCCUGUCUAAAGUCACCGAUGGCUUCACGCAGGGGCAGAUCGUCAAAGUGAUCAAAGAGGUCCUCACAGACCGCAGGAUCCGGCAGCAGCCGCACAAGCCCCUCACGGCCGUCGAGUUCAUCACCAUGAUGACCAGCAUGAGCCCCGUGUACAAGGAGGAAGAAGAGAGUUUUAAGAACUGGUAUGCCAAAACCCCUCUCGGGAAGAAGCGAAUCUUGUCGCUAACGAUCGGCGGCAACAAAGACAAGGAGAAGGAUAAAGGCAAGAAGAAAGGGAAAAAGGGGAAAAAGAAGUAGUUUCUUCCUCAGGAGCCACCCUGAGCGUCUUUGAGAUGGUGACGGCCCCAGCUCAUCGGGGAGAGGCUCACCCCUGCCCACCCGGGGAUGCCCAAGGAGAAGCUAAGAUGCAAGCAGCCAUUCCCAGUCACUGCCCGCUAACCACUGUGCUUGUUCAGCCACCCUUUAGGAGUCUGGACACUAAGGAAGAUGUCCUUUACAGCCAUUUCUGCUGCUUGCCACUGUCCCUUAACUCCUGCGAAGUCUGUCUAUAAUUUAAAUUUGCUUCCCACGUGACCCGCACUCUCCCCAGCUCACGCACCUGUCAGUAUUAGCUCCAAGAUGACAACAUGCUUCAGAGGUCUCUCCUGUGACGAGAGCCCCGUCACUGUGUUGUCGAUACUAGCUGUUUAUUAACCCAUAUGCACUGUAUAUUUUAUUGCACAUAUUUUAAAUAAAUUAAUUAUUUGCUGUAGUAAUAAAUAUCACAUAAUGAAAUAAAGCUGUUGCCCUUGAA